GUUCCCAGUUGAAAACUACGAGAGGCAAUCUUCUAGUUAUCCGAAGUUAGCGUCUCCCAACGAAAGGCAGAGUUACACUGUAACUUUGUAAGGAACCACCAUGGAAGCCACCUCAGAACAAGACGGAGGUGGCAGCGGCGCCGGCGACUACGAGGCUCUCAUGGCAGCCCUGAUGGCUAACAGGCAGCUGCUGGAAGCCAAGGUCGGCAUCAACAACGCAAUGUUCGCGGCCAGCGAUUCAGCCACGUCGCAGCUCGGCGGUUCCUUUGUCGUCGGCGAGUGCCAAGGGCAGAAGACCAUCGACGGCGAGCAGAUGCCGCUGGUCCUGGGCCCGUCAUGGGAAGGGGCGGGCGAAGAGGACGGCGCUGGGUACGAGGCGCUCGUGGCCGCCGUGAAGGGCAAUAGGGAAUGGCUUGAGGACAAGGUGGUGACCAACAGCGCCGUCCUGCUGCGCGGCUUCGACGUCCACGACGCGGCGGAGUUCGACGCCGUCGUGGAGGCGCUGGGGUGGCCGGACAUCCGGUACGUCGGCCCCGCGCCGCGCACCCACGUCCACGGCCGCGUCUGGACCGCCAACGAGGGGCCCCUCGAGCAGAGCGUCUACUUCCACCACGAGAUGGUGCUGAUCAAAGAGUUCCCGGCGAAGGUGAUACUCUUCUGUGAGGUGCCGCCGCCGGAGGGCGGAGAGACGCCGUUCGUGCCGAGCUUCCGGGUGACGGAGCGAGCGCUGGACGAGUUCCCGGAGAUGGUGGAGGAGCUCGACGCCAAGGGACUCUUGUACACGUUCACGGCGCCGAGCAACAACAACACCGAGUCCAUGAGAGGCAGAGGAUGGGAGGACGCUUUCGGCACGUCAGACAAGUCUGAAGCGGAAACGAGGGCCAAGGCGCUGGGAAUGGACGUGGAGUGGCUUCAGGACGGUGGCGUGAAGACGAUCUUGGGUCCACGCACGCUGACCCGCGUCUUCCCGGGGCGCAAGGGCCGGAGGAUGUGGUUCAACACGUUGGUCGGGAUGCACGGCAAGGAGCUAAGCUCGGCCACAGCGGCCGACGGGGCCGAGAUCCCGGCGAGCUUCGUGCAACGCUGCGAGGAGAUCAUCGAGGAGGAGAGCGUCCAGUUCCGUUGGCGCAAGGGCGACAUCCUCGUCCUCGACAACCUCGCCACCCUACACGGCCGGCGGCCGUCGCUGCCGCCUAGGCGGGUUCUCGUGGCUACUUGCAAGUGACACACCGAUGAGUUUUUUUUUAUUGAUCAGUACCCCCAGAUAUGCCAUGUGGGGGCAUCCAAGAGUUUAUCAACGUAAGGAGGCAUUUGAAUCAGUACAACACAAUUUAACUUA